AAAACCGACACCACAAGCACAACUUGUGACUUCGCUUGAGAAAUACCCAAUGCCGAUGAACUUCGCUCUACAUUGUGGGAUGUAUUUCUAAAGAUAAUGUAGGCACAUGCACACACGUUCUAUCUGAUACGAUUCAUUCGUAGCAUCAAGCCAGCUAUAACAAACUGAACUAUAACAUCUAGAUCAUAGGGCAAGCUUCCUGGCCACCUAGUACCUGCAUCUGCAUUUGCGUUGUGGGUUAGUUGGGUCCUGGUCGUGAUCGAGUUCGUCGCAUAUACCGCUUGCGUCUGAAGUUAAAACGCAAAUGGCCGACUCAACGCUAGAUGCUUGUUUGACCAGUUACGACUAUGUUUUCAAGCCCGACAUUUUACGCGGGAAGGUCGCCUUUAUCACAGGUGGUGGAUCGGGAAUUUGCUUCACCGUUGCAGAAGUAUUCAUGAGGCAUCAAUGUGACACAGUUAUUGCCAGCAGAAAUUUGAACAGGUUGAAAGAGGCAGCCAAGAGACUCGAGACUGCCACAGGACAGAGAUGUCUGCCCCUUCAAGUUGACGUCAGAAAGCCAGAGGAAGUGUUGCGAAGUGUUGACCAAGCUCUCAGUCACUAUGGGAGAAUCGACGUCCUCAUCAAUGGAGCCGCUGGAAAUUUCCCGUUGCCUGCCAGCAAAAUCUCCUUCAACGGUUUCAAGACAGUUCUUGACAUUGAUGUCAUGGGAUCAUUCAACAUCUCCAAGGCUGUCUAUGACAAGUAUAUGAAGGAUCACGGAGGAGUGAUCAUCAACAUAUCUGCCACUUUGCCUUAUCGAGGCCGGCUUCUUCAGAUCCAUGUCAAUGCAGCAAAGGCAGCGAUUGACUCCAUGACUAUGACAUUGUGCAACGAGUGGGGCCCCCAAGGCAUCCGUGUGGUGGGCAUAGCCCCAGGACCGAUUGGUGAUACUGAGGCUGGUGCGGGCAUGCUUGGUGAGGAGGUGCUGAAAAAAAUCCCCCUUCAGCGGAUCGGUACCAAACGUGAAGUUGGCGAUUGCGCUGUCUUUGCAGCCAGCCCUGCGGCCAGCUAUAUCUCGGGCAGCACUAUCGUGAUGGAUGGUGGACACUGGAUGACCUAUGAAAACGACUUCGGCUUCUACACCAAACCGAAGGGCAAACUGUAG